GGUACAAGGAGUACACAGAUAGGGGACCUGUGAUUGAUCAACUUGUUUAUUGUAUUAAUAGUUACAGAGAGGCAGCAAUGUCUGGUGAUCUUAAAUUCGAUCACAUUGACAUGGCAGAAAAGCAGAAGGUAUUGAAUGAGUGUGUUGAAGCUGAAGCCUGGUUAAGAGAGAAAAAGCAACACCAGGACUCACUUCCCAAGCAUGCUACUCCAGUUCUUCUGUCAGCUGAUGUGAGAAAGAAGGCCGAGGCGCUUGAUAGGUUUUGCAGGCCUAUAAUGACAAAACCAAAACCAAAACCAGCCAAACCAACCACUCCUGAGACACCAGCAACCCCACCAUCUCAGGGUAGCGAACAACAACAGCAGGGAGGAGAUGCAAAUGCAGACCCCAAUGCUAACGCUGGUGCCCAUGAGACUGCAGGAGCUGCCGGUGGUGAGGUGCCACCUGCUUCUGGAGAACCAAUGGAGACAGACAAGUCAGAGACUGCCUCUGGUGCUGCAUAAUUCCAUGCAGCUCCCUGCCGUUUUAAAUUAAGAAAUUUGGUUCCUCUGUAUGAACUAUAAGGAGCCUGAGACGGACUAUUUGAUGGGCUGACAGUAUGCGAGGAUGUGGGGUCUUUGAGGUCUUGCCUUUUAUCUAUAAAGCCUUCAGAUUGGGUGGUCUGUCAAUUUUAUCGAGAGCUAGUCUCUAGAAUCCGGUUUUAAAGAAGGGGUUUAAGAGAAAUAUGUAAUACUUUAAAUGUCUUUGCUGGGGAGAGACCGAGGUUUCUCUGUUUUUUUCUAUGAUCGGUAUUUUAAUUGUCCACUCUUCUCCAUUCCCUUGGUCUGUAGGAUAUCCUCAGCAUUAAAUAUUGGUUUGUUUUCUCAUUUUUCGUAAUAUAAAUUUUUUAACUUUGCUUA